CGGUUCCCCACAGUUACCACAGAGCAGACUCAGAUCGGACAUUUUUCAAAAUGCAACACGCUAGAGCGAACGAUUUUACGGUACCCGACAACAAUGCAUCGAGAAAAAAAAAUACGGCCAAUACGAUGGAUGGAUGAACGUGAAGGAACUGUACGAAACCAAUCUGUCAUGGAUCGCAUAAAUGCAGCAUUUUUUGAGCUAUUUCACAGCAUAAAUGAUAUAGAUAUAUAUAUUAUACAUAUACAUAUACAUACAUAGAUAUACAUAUACAUAUACAUUAUUGCAAAAACAAACUGAAAUCGAAAGGACAACACAUUCCGUAGUGAGAGCGAGCGAGCUCCAGAAUCGCGAUCCAGAAUUAACACACAAGAAAGAAAAAAACCUUGGACUCCAGCAGAAAGCAAAGCGAUCAAGCGAUCGAUCUUGCCAUCUUCUUACCAUUAUGUAUUAUACAUAUAUACAGCAUAUAACUAUGCAACAAUCAUAUUACUGUAUACAGAGCCAGUAGCCAACUCAUUGAACACGUUUAGACGGUGCGCGCACUGUGCGUGUCGCACUAUCCGUUGUGUCACAUCCUUGUUCCAAUCCUCCUCCCCAUUCCCCAUCAGUAGUAAGCAGCAACCGACACACUAAAGCGGACGGAGAAAACAUAACACGGUGGGUAUGUGUCUUCUACAGACCGGCAGGAGGUAGCGAGAAAAAAAUCCAAAAUAAAAAUGCAAAUUGAAAAAGCGCACUUUAAACCAUAUAAGGGAUUGCAGAGAACAUUGAGUAGUGGGAGCGAGGAGGGAGAAGAAGCAAAGGAGGAGAGCAGGAAAGAUGCCUAUUUAUAUUUAACAUUAUCGUGAUUGUGUCGAGAAGACGGAAAAGGAAAGGAAUAUCAUUUCGCAUCAACUCCCAACUGCACCCAUGAAAACGUACCGUGAGCAGAACCCUGUGUACCGCACAGGUGCACAGGUCCAUGCACAGGACCUUACCGCACCUUAACGAAGCAUCAUCAACUGACAGAGUGAACGCAGAGUAUGGAAGAAGAGAAAUAUAUAGAUAUACUUAUUAUGUACACAUAAUAUGGUCUAACCGCAAACCACAGAGAUCCAGUAUCUGUACACUAUUUACUGUUGUCCCGUUGUCUCGUUUUCACUAAUUGCCAGUACUACCACUACUACUACUACUACUACAACUACUACCGCUACUCACACACGCGAUGUAAAAAGAAAAUGAGUAACCGUACAAAUCCACAAACUUCUGCUGUGCACCCGCGCGUGGCCGACGCAGAAACGCGGAACGACCGAAGGCGCGACAGACAGAGAGAGAGAGAUUACUGGAGGCGAAGACGAGAAAUCAUCAUCAAUUCUGCAUGUGGCUUAGUGGCGCUGUCCAUACAGCAGCUCAUGGUGGCAAGUAGAGAGGAAAAGAAGGUAGCUAGAACUAGAGGCCAUCUGGAGGCUUCCACUCGUGUGACCGCCAAGCGACCACACCGGAGCGCUCCAGCAAAAAGAGUAUGGAUGGAAUCACUACUUACUGAGAUUAAUUAAAUUGUAAAAAAAAAUGAAACACGGGCUCCGUAGGAGAAACGUACCGAGGGGUCAUCCUUACACACAACUACCACAGGGACGCGAAGGAGCGCGGACGAUAGGAGACGAGCACGAUUUGUGUUGUCGCGUAACUUGAGCGUCCUUUUCUUGUCACGCAGGAUAUCGGGGUGGAAUGGGAAAUAUCUUUCUGAUGUAACUUUGAAACUUUAGGGAGAACUCUUUUUAACUUUAAAUUGAAACGGAUGAGCAGCUACCAAAGAUAAGUAAUAUACAUUGAAACACACACCGACACACACAAAUACAUAAAACCACUCUUAUGGGAUCGGUACGAUCAGCAGCUAGGUGGAAGAAGUAGUAGAAGAGAAUUUUAAUCUCAAAACCCUGUUGUUACCCUGUAGGAGCCUAGAACGAACUUUCCGUUUUGCAUUCGCAGUCCCAAACCCGGUGAUUGCCUCAAUUCACCGCGUACGCCAAUUAUGUCCAUGUCCGGAACAAGAAGCAGAGAGCAAAAUGUAUGGUAUUCCUUGAUACAUUCAGAAUGGCACAGAGUUGUAGCUGCUGUUAAAUGCAGAGUAGAGACAUUCUUACUCCUCGUUUAGUUUAAUCCAUUGUUCAAGACGUUGCACUGGAUCAAGAAGCACACACCCCUGUUUCAUCCGAGAGGAACUCCAACAACUAAUUGUAAUUGAAUAAUAUGUGCCGAAUGUGCUACUCGUCAUGCUUAUGCGCCCAGGACCGUGCUCCAUGUGUUAAGGACAGCGCACAGGUUGGCCUUGGUUGGCACCGUGUUUGGUUGUGGUUGUCAGCUUAAAGCUGUAAUAGGCAUUCGUACCAAACCUCCUUGGAUUAAAUCGCAAAGAAAACGGUGAACGAAAAGAAAGUCCCUUUGCCGGACAUUAUGGCAUUGCGCUGUCAUGGAAUCGAAUCAGCAUCACCAGCAUCUCAUACGUCUCCCUUACACACCUCCUCACGCCCCCGGAAUCAAAAAUAUAGAACACUAUUUGUACUUAUGUUUUAUUUUCAUAACCUGAGCA